CUACAGUAUUCCAUUUAUUAUUUUAUUUUAGUAAACAUUUAGUUUCAGACAUGAAUACACUGCCGUACCAAUAAAUUUUGGAAUCACAUCUUCACUCUUCAGCACUCAGCAGAUAUUUUCAAAAUAUAAACAAGAAUGAGAAGGAAUAUCAGGGAAUAUUUUUGCUUCUCGUCUUGUUUUGACAAACAUAUGAUUUUGAAGUUAAGGUCAUGUCAAUGAUGAUGUCAAUGUCAAAUGAUGACAAAGGUCAGCUGUUCUACCCUAACCUCAAAUUUUAGUUACAUAAACGUCAGGAUGUUCUUUUCAAAGCUCAAAAACUCAUUAUCCUUAAAGUUUUCCUACCCGAUUUCCACAAAUAUCAAGUUGAGUGUACGACAUGUAUCAAAUACGGAAACAUUGGAACCAGUCAAGAUGUCCUAUGCCAGUUAUGAAAGCACUGUUUCGGAAGGACAUGAUCAGGCAAGCCCAUUGAUAAUAAUGCAUGGUCUUUUCGGUUCCAAAUCGAAUUGGAACAGCCUAUGCAAAGCAUAUAACCAAAAAUCCAACCCGCCCAGAAAAAUAAUAGCAAUUGAUGCCAGAAAUCAUGGAGACAGUCCUCAUAAUGAACACCACUCUUAUGCCCAUUUGGCUGCUGAUAUCAAAGCUCUAUUUGAACAGUUAUCAAUUUCUAAAGCCACCUUGAUGGGACAUUCAAUGGGUGGUAGGGCUGUGAUGCUUUUUGCUCUGAAAUAUCCUGAACUUGUUGAUAGGUUAGUGGUUGUGGAUAUUUCACCUGUAACAGAUAGUCCCAAUAUGAAUAAUUUGCCUGAUCUCUUUCGGGCUUUAGAAACAGUGAGUCUACCAACAGAGGUAUCUAUGUCUCAAGCCAGGAUCUUGGCUGAUUCACAGUUGGAAAAAUACAUUUCCAGCAAGGAGUUGAGGUCAUUUUUAUUGACUAACUUGGUUCAAAGAGACAAUGGAAGGUAUGAUUGGAGGGUGAAUAUUUCAGCUUUAUUAAAAAAUUACAACAAUAUUGCCAAAUUUCCACUAGUUAAUGAAUUACAAUAUGAUGGACCAACACUCUUUCUAGCUGGGACCAACUCUGAUUUUGUACAGUAA